AUGUCUGAUUACAACAACAGUCUUCAACCUGCAGACCGUUUGCCCACGGAGGUGCUGGCGUACAUUUUCUCGUUCCUCCCCGAUAUAUACCCCCCCAUGAUCCUUUAUAACCGGUCUCUACCUCCACUCGGAUGGGUUUGCAUUCUCCACGUCUGCCAUUUGUGGAGAGAGGUUGCUCGCGGAUCUGGCAAGCUUUGGACCCGGAUCGAGACGGCAUUAGGACCGACAUGGGCAGCCGAAUUUGUUUUGCUAUCCGGGAACCAAUCCAUUAUCCUGGACAAAGCCACGCGCUCAUCGGGACGUCGAAUCCGCGAAACCAUCCUCCGAGUUCUCGAGAACGCAUCUCAAAGAUUGAGCGUCCUGCGCGCGGGCGAUACAAGAUCCGAACACUGGCGUGUCAGUGACAUACGUUGGCUCAUAGCUGCAUUGCUAGAGCACUCAAAGUCCCUGGGAAACCUCAGUACUCUGAGUCUCAAGUCACCGGAGCCUCCGGGAAUGCCUUUCCCGCAUCAGAUACUGGUAUCUGUACGGCAUGUAUUCAUCACCAGCGUGAUGGCCGGUUCCAACACCGACUGGGCAUCAUUUCCUCGCGCCUUCCAAAGCAUCCACCUCCUGAACGACGAACAUUACAUCCCUAGUGGCCUCCAAGGGCUCUUUGGUGUUGUAGGACGCUGCGAUCAGCUCCAUACUCUGGAGAUUCAAUCAUCUUUCAUGAAUACGAUGUCUAUCGAUGGUCAAAUCUCCCUGCCUGCUCUACGCUCGCUGAUAGUGAGCGGAGAAAGCCGCGCAAUUGCCACCUUCUUGCAGGCCGUGGAAGAUCUCUCGUCCGUUGUCGAGUUCAGAAGCCUCGGCUUGGGGUCCUCGCCGCUUGAAAUGUUGGCCUUUGUGUCCACCAUGAACCGUAUCGGGGCAACCAGUCGGCCAUACAACAGUCUAUGCGUCUACCAAGGAUGGCGAUCACACGAGGUCUUGGUAGUGGGAUGCUAUCCAAUGACAGACCAACCGUACGCCAUCCAGCGUGGAGAGAGUACCUUUCACGUCACCCUUCGACACGAUGUCGACGACGCGUUCGAACCCACCCUGGCGCUUGCGACCACCGUUCUUGCUCAGAUGGAUCUCUCCAGUGUGCAGAACUUGGUGCUCAAGAGUAUAUGUGCACCACCGGAGAUGUGGCACAAAUGGUUCGGCAGGGCUGUUGCGGUCGAACGCCUGGUGCUCCAAGGAGAGUAUACUCUCACCAUGCUACGCGCCCUGGCACUAGGGGACUCACAGGAGCCUCUGCGUGCUCCAGAGGAUGCAUUGCUCCCAGGCUUGCAAGAGAUUGUCACCUGGGGCGCUUCGAUGCGCUUGGAGGUUCUUGCUCCGUCCAUGGAACCCAUAUACGGUGUAGGCUUACUCAAGGACGCUCUGGUGACUCGAGCAUCGCUUGGCUGUGCGCCUCGAAGAUUGCAUCUAACUCACUGUAGUGCGGAUCUACAUGCGCUUGCUGAGUUGGUGGAGGCGGUGCCGGAAGACAUGAGGGAGUGGUCUAUGGAGUCUUUGACCCGCGAGUUGUCUCGCUCUGGAGAGUAG